GUUUGCUUGUCAAUUGCAUCAAAAGGCGAGCAUGUAUUUUUGGUAAGGAAUGCUAGAGUUGAAGAACGGCAUCCUUACACGGCCAUUUCUCUAACAGUGAAAGAUUACACAGUUCAACUACUUCCAUUUGGCAAGAAGAGUCCAUGGCUUAAGCUGUUGCGUCUGGUAUUCCAAUCAGACACUUUGUACCUAUCAAUAGAUUCUUUCGUGGGAAUGGAAGUUCUGAGGGUCAUGGAAAUUAACAACGCAUACAUUGAAUUUACAGUAUUAUGGCCUGCCCAAAAUUUAACGAGCAUUCGCACACUGUGCCUGGAUGGUUGCACAUUGCGCACUGGAACUUCAUCAAUGAUUGGGUAUAUGACGCAGUUGGAAAUUUUGAGCUUCUUUCAGUCCGCACUUGAAGACGAUCAGUUUCCAAGGAAAAUUGCUCAGAUGAGUAACUUAAAGUUGUUGGACUUGAGGGUUAGACGUAGCCUCCAACCUUUGCCUCGUGGUAUCCUGUCAAGCUUGAAGAAACUAGAAGAAUUGUAUUUGGCACCUGAUUAUCAUCUGCACCUGGGGAGAGAUAAAGAAGAAGAAAGAGAAUGCAUUAAAGAGAUCAUAUCACUCUCCAACCUUGAAUGCCUCCAAAUUCAUGUAUAUGACCUUAACCUCCUACUCCAAUUAUUGCAUGGAUUUCCCGCUCAGAGGUUGUCAAGAUUCCUCAUUGAAGGAGCUGCUUAUAAUAUGGGCUGGAGAGAUCUCAGUAGGGACUUUCAAUUUGGGAGGACUUUCGAACUUCAUUUGUCUCAGGAUGAACAGUUAAAACAAGCAUUGGAUCCUGCAGUUACCAGCAUUGUCAAGAGAGCUGAGAAUCUCACUUUGGACCUUUAUGAUGUGUCAAGCUUGAGGAAUCUUGUGAGUGACUUGGAUAAAGAUGGAUUUGCCAAUUUGAAAAGGCUUCAACUAGUGUCUGGAGUAUGCCAAUGCCUUGUUGAUUCCACCACCAACCUAGUUGCUCCACAUGUUUUUGGAGAUUUGGUUUGUAUGAAUUUUGUGGAAUGCAGUUUGCAAGAAAUAUGUCAUGGAAAUCUUCCACCUCGGUGCUUCAGUCAACUUCAAGAGGUGAAACUCCAAACUGUAGAUACAAUAAAGUACUUGUGGAUGGGGCCAAUUGAACCUCCAUCGCUUUGCAACCUCAGUGUUAUUGAGGUCACUUAUUGUGAUCAAAUUACAAUUCUAUUCUCACAAUCAGUAUUGAACUGAAAACUGCAAGGAGUUGGAGAAUAUUGUUAUGAGGGAAGAAAGUAAGAAGAAGGAAGUGCUUGAGCUACCCCAACUCAAAGUUUUAGUCCACAAACACACCAACUUAAUGGGUUUUGGGUCCAAAGAUGAUGCAGCUGAUGCUUUUUUCCACCGGGUUUCACUUCCUAGCUUGGAAGAACUCGAGUUUGGACCGAACACGAGUGACGUGCAACUAAUAAUAGGAGGUGAAAUGCCAAGUCAGUCUCUGGAGAACUUGAAAUUUUUGCGGUUGGAGGACUGUCAGGUUCGAUGGAUUGCCAAAGCUGAUGGAGUGAUAAUAUUACAAAAUCUGCAGAGACUUGAAGCUCAUGGAUGUGACAGGAUGAUAUCACUCUUUGAAUUUGAGGGGCUGAAAGUUCCUAGGCAAUCCCAUGAGGAACUUGCAAUUCUUCCCAAACUAGAGUCCCUGACAUUAAGAUCCUCAGGAUUAACUCAUAUUUGGAGGAAUUUCCCUACAGGGGUUCAAGUUUUCCGGAACUUAAGGAAUCUGAAAGUAUGGCAUUGCAGAUUAUUACAAUGUUUGUUUUAUCCUCCUUGUGUGGCUAACAUGCUUGUAAGCCUUGAGGUACUAGUAAUUGGUUGUUGCGACGAAAUGCAUGGAGUUAUAGGUGAGGAAGAUGAAGAGAUAAGUCAAGAAGAUGGUGUUGGAAAUCACAGAGAAAUUGCGUUGGAAAGAACCAAUAAAGAAUUUGUGUUUCCCAAACUGAGCUCAUUAAGUUUUGUUAAUCUCCAAAAUCUUGGAAGCUUCAGUGGUAGUCACCGCGAGGAUUGUGACUUGAAAUUUCCCUCACUGACUCAAUUGGAAAUAUGGGGUUGCCCGGAGUUGAAGAAAUUGUGUUCUGGAAAGUUGAAUGCACCAUUACUUAAGAAAGUGAAAGUAACAGAGAAUACAUAUAUUCCUGUGGAUUUAAAGGAUAGAGAGCUCAGCUUCUUUACCACAUCAGAGAUAUUUGGGUUCCGCAGGCUGGUCGAGAACAGAUGGAAAAGUUGAAGGAUUCAUCAAGUUGAGUCGAUAAUAUGGCCUGGUCACCACGACUGUGCUUGAUGGAUUGGGCUACUGGACAUGGACAAAAAUCUUCAGUGCUAAAGGAAUAUGUGUGGAGUUUAUAUAAAGUGUGUUUCGCUUAUUUUGGUUUUUUCUUUUACAAUAUAAUAAAGGAUAUCUUUCUUACAAUAUCAGUGUAGAAAUCUUUUUAUAUUAAUAAACUUGAGUGCAUGCCGAACGUCUAAAUGGAGAAUUUUUAAAAAUUUGAAAAAAAAAAAAACAACGCGUCAUGCACUGAAGUUAUCAAUGUAAAAAAAUUUCUACACUGAAAAUGUACAAAAAGAUUAAUCCAAUAUGAAUUGUAUUGUAUGUACUGUCUUAUGUCUUUUCAAAUU